CCACAAGAGGAGCCAGACAGACAGGAGGAACCGAGAAGCCCAGAUAGAGGACAGGAUGGAGAGACAGAGGAGGAACCGAGAAGCCCAGAUGGAGGACAGGAGGAACCGAGAAGCCCAGAUAGGACAGUGCACACUUUCAUCCAGUGCAAGGAAUGCGCAGUCUAGUCCAACAAAAAGUACUUCAUUGAUAUGAGAAAGCAUAUCGAGGAAGCACACGUUGAGCUACCAAUUCCCGACAAGACUUACCUGUUAAACACGUGGGAGGAAGAUCAAUGCCAGAAGCUCCAGGCACGUAAAAGAUAACCCAGAGAAUAUGAUGUGACUCGAAAGCGACUCCCCUAGUAGACCAUUCCCAAGCAAACAUCGACGGAAUCAAGAAAUGGACACCCCAAUCAGUAAACGGAAGCGACGACGAUCGCGAUCAAGCAGCGAUGGUUCUAAUAAGAGCUUGGUGGAGGAUCGAAGAACGUACCAAAAUCAGGGCGGACAACAAACCAGGCGGACAACAAAUAUAAAUGUGAAUUUCGCGAGGAAGGCUUCAAGUGGCGCGCAUCCCUCAUGCGGCACUUUACAAAAACACAUUCUGUGACCGAUAAGAAAAUCGUGAACUUAUAUCAAAAGUGUUACCUCAUGAAGAUCAACGGCAUGACAAAAAGAACUUUUCUGUGUGGCAAAUGCAACGAGCUUGUGGACGAAAAGUUCCGGCAUAAGUUAUCCACCAAAAAGAAGGGUGAAGAUAAGUUUGGGAAGCACGAUCCUGAGUGGGUUACUAUUCGGGGGCUGAAAGAUCUCCCAGACCUAUCCUGGCUUUGGCGGAGAAACAAGAUGCCGGCCAAAUAGAAAGCCACUAUUUGACUUGGAAGACCGAAAAUUUCGUGCCAUUGCCGGAGGGAUUUAGAAAGCUACGAGAGAAGGACAAUGACGCAGGAAGUUCGACGUCUUUCUCGAACAAGACGAUCAAGGGCAAGAUGCGCAAAAUCAAAGAAGCCAUCAUAAUGACGAAAGGACUCUCCGAUGCAACAGGCAUUGAGCGAUGGGUGUAUUCCUAUCCAGAUGGUCAAGAAAGUUUGAUCUGUGCUAGCAGUUACCGCCAUCUGUUUGUGGUUUUGAUCCAACAGAGCAUUAUCGAUUUUCUAAAGGCCGAAACAGCAUACUGUAAUUCAUUUUAUGCUUCCUCGCUUGAUUAUAGUUUUUUUUCAAAGCCAAUGACGGAAUCACUCAUGCUGAUUGCUUUACUACUGGUAUAUUUUUUGAACUCGGAAUACGCUGAUUACGCCAAAUCUACAGAAUCUUUCUUCAAUAUUUUGUCCAUGUCUUCUAAAAGUAGCUUUACAUCAGGGUUUGUACUGAAUUGAUCAGCAUCGGACGUCAUAAUAGCUUCUAGUGCUGUUCCAGAUAGCCUUACAGCAAUAGCAAGAGCUCUUUUAUUCGCUGGCAAAGGUGUCAAUGUCUCCCACAUCUUUAUUUCGGUUUUCAACGUCUCGUACGAUUUGGAAAUUGUCAAUGCCGGUGGGUUGUUGAACGCCGGCAUUUCUGAUAGCUCCUGCUACCAAUGUUGAAACGGAAUAAAAGGUGAAAUUCUGAAUUCACCCGCCGACAACCACCUGUACAAACUGAAACAAAACGAAAGCACUAACAAGCAUUAAGAAUGAUUUCAACAUUAAACUGUGUCGCAGAUUUCAAUUUCCAAUAGGAAGCUCAAGUCGAAUAAACUGAAGGAAAGUUAUGUCAACUGCAGUAACAUGCCGUUUCUCAAGAGUGUCGGAUCAGCCGCCAAGUUAUUUCCUUUGGUGACAUCAAUACUAACCCCUUUUCAACCCACAGAAGAUUUCGCUGCUAUUGGUGAAGAAAUAAUCCCGACUGUGAUAGACGUAGUGGCCAACGAGGGAUUUGUCUGGGUCAAGGUUGUCGCUCGAAAUGCAGAAGGACUCUGGAACAACUGGACAGGAAACUGUGAAAUGUCUCACCGGAGCCUGGAAGAACAACUUGAAGAGCUCCUCUCCCUUGCAGAGUUGUGCCCAGUGUACUUCCGCAAACCAACAGUCGCUGUGUUCUUCUCAAACGCAAUCUUCCGCAAAAUGGCAGAGGAGAUUGAAGAAAUGGGAGUGAAGGUGUUCGGUUACAUCCGAGAUGAAGCGAGUUCAAACAGUGAAAAAGUGACUUUUCGCGAUCCAAGUCGCUCGGAUAUUUUCGGAGAUUCGAGUGUGAUUCUGAAUACGAGGUUCAGAAACCAGUCGUUUUUAAACGAGUUCGAAGUUGUGAAUUUGGACGUGUCUACUAUUUUGGCUCUGUGUUCUAACUUGACUCAUGGUUAUUGUGACUGGGUGUUACCGAACAGUACAGUUCUUAACAUGCAAGUUGCGGAUGAGUUGGAGCAUUAUGGACAGUUGUGGAACGAGUUGGAUUCUUUUCUGAGCGGAAAAAGACUGGUGUGUUGUGAGACAGCUUAUACAAGUUACACCAACAUUCUCACGGUCAUUGGAGGAGAAAAGGAGAAAAUGAGAUCGAAAAAACUGUUCCAGAAGAUAGAGGUCAUUCCAGACAUUGAUUCGCCCACGGUUGACAAAGUGCCCGUGUCAUCCGCCGUUAAAGAUCGAUCCAAGAUCAUAUUUGGAACAGGAUUUGAACUGAAAGCUGCCACUGUCACGUCAAAUCUAUCUUGUAUCAGAUCAAUGCGACAAAUAGGAAUCUACUUUCCUGUGUUCGCCCAUGUAGCUCGAGCGUUGACCGAACAAAAAGAGGCGAAAGCCGAGAAAAAGGAGCGACAGUCGUCAGUAGAAUGGAAUUAUACUUCUGAUGGAUCGAGUAGUGACGUCUGCUCCUGCUAUCUCUGCUCAUACAGUGCACCAGAAAUCACAAAUUGAAUAUGAGUUUAUUUUUUGUUUUGCCAUAUCAAAAUGAAUUAUUUUGGUUAUAAAUGAAGUAUAGAAGUGAAGUUUUUUCUAGGCAUUUUGUUUUUGUGGCAUAGACUUUUGUAACUAGCAAAAUAGACGCAGCACAGGGUGCAGCAAAAUCAACGUUAUCAACAUA